AUGGAUCUUGAUCCUAGACCAUUCGAAUCGGUGAAUGUUGGUAUGACCAACGUGGAGGCAGGCGAGGACAGGUUUUCCAACCAUGGCAUAUUCUAUCCUCCUCCUAUAGCCUAUUGGCGAAACAAUUUGACCGCCCUGUCACAACGCUACAAUCUCUAUUUCAUUGCCACUCGGAAUGCUAUUGUUGUGUACAAACCAGAAUUUCCUUUCCAGCGGCUCGGCCGAGUGCCUUGUUUGAUGAUCUUGCCUACCCUGGCAAACCCGGAUGCGCAAGGUUAUAUUGAUCCACGCUCACCGCAUGAUAUUAAUCAUUUGAUUGUGGGCGACCUCGGGACGCAGGAGAUACUACUUUGCGCAACAGACUCUGGCAAUGUUACUGCCUAUUAUACCAAGUCAUUAGAAGAGGCGAUACGAAACGGGUCGUAUACGUACUGCCCUGCCCUCCGGAAUGAUCGCGUGCAAGUGAGAGAGUUCUUUGCUCAGUGGGUGCAUGAAUCAGCCUGGGGUCUGAGUAUACACACCCAAGCUCGCAUGAUUGCAGUAUCCGCAAAUACUGCCUACCACGUUCAGACCGGAGAUCCCUCUUCCAAGAUCACUGUUUUUGCGUUCGCGUUGACGGAAGAAGGCGAGGAGAAAGGGACUGAGGAGAAGAUAGAGAAAGCGGUCGAGGACGAAGUUGCUGAUAGCGGUGGCGACGAUCCUGUGGACGCAACAUCCAAGGACAAUGGAAACACGAGGCAAUUGGAAUGGCAGGAGUGGGAAUGCGACGGGUCUAACCAGUUCCCUCCACCGCGGAACAAGAACUACAAAAUCAUACUUGGCGGCAUUGACGGACACGACUUCAACGUCCCGAGCAUCUCCUUUGUAAAUUCCGAUCUGGAUGUGGAAGGCAAGUGGCUCCUGAGUACCGAUAUUGGAGGUGAGAUGAAGAUGUGGCAGAUUUGGCAGGGCAAGUGCUUUAAGUCGUGGGAUCUGGCCGAGAAAAGAUCGCGGUCUGCCUUCUUCCGCAGACGUGAAGGAGGCUGGCUUGUCGCUGCCCUCGAUCCCCGAGCUUUCCGACUGGCUGAGACCAUGGACGAAUUCUGUGGGCACUUCAAGGCUCCCCAGUAUCACGGUCAUGUUGGGGAAAGCUACGAUAUCACUCACAUUGUUAGAGUCCGUACGCCAGGCAACAGUGCUGCUUUCCCAGCGGUAGAUACCCCCUUCGAGGAGGACAGCGGCGACGAAGAUGACCACGAGAGUGCCGGAUCGUGGUCAGAUAUGGACCAAAGCGAUAUUCAUGAUGAUGAUGUAACCCUGGACGAGUUCGCUACAGUGGCGGAUGCGUUCAGCUCGGCCGACAUGCCCUCGAUAACAGAAUCGCCGUACUCGCAACACGAAACAGCCGACCAGGGCACAGGAGUCAUGCAGAUCCAGGCCUCUGAGUCGGAUGCAGAUGGUGAUGUAUUUGCUUUUCUCGAAGCGGAGACAUCCUCGUCAGACUCCUCGACUGCCAUAGCCUCGGAUGACGGGGACCUUGAAUCGGCAGUCUCCCACAACAUCCCAGAUUCAGGUCGGUCCAGUUCACCAGGGGAGCAAGGCAACACGAUGUCGUUGAUUCUAUCCACAGCUCCAGGCCAGGCGGAUAUUAGCCACGACAACAGCCAAGAAGCGAUGAGCCACAUAGACGAGCGCGGCGAGUCGUAUGUGCGAGGGUUCGGUCGUUUCGGCCACGGGACUUAUGAUACAAGGUCGAAAUUCCGAUUUUCCAGUGUUAGCAAAUCUCACCUGGAGGCGACACCGCCUUCUAUACCUGUUCUUCAAUGCAGUGCCUCGAACCUGAGGCUUAUCAUGGCUCCAGAGGCUGAUAGUGCGCAUGUUUUUUGUGCCAACAUCCUCAAGCAGAUCUUGCCGCGGGAAAUCGAGGAGUCAAGGCAGGCUCACCUCGACAGGCUUAAUAUGAUGCAACACAUCCCUGAACUGGGGUUGGUGAUUGUAGCCUCUCAACUAGGGCGAUGUGCCAUCUGCACAUUGACCAAAAGUCACAAGACUGGCACAUUGGGUCUCAGGGUGGACUGGACUCUGCCUACCCAGAAGCAAGAGGCGAGGAGGCUUCGACCAUCCCUGCCGCUCCUGGGUAUCGCCACCUCCCCGAUUCAGGGCCAUUCGAAGAGAGAGGCUCACCCUAGCAACCACCGACCUGACACUCCCGUGAAAUGGGGCGUGGACAAUACAGUCGAUGGUGUUCCGACCACAUUUGAUCCCAAUAUCAUUGUUGUCAGGGAAUCUGUGCCUGACCAAGACUACACCGGAGUGCAGAACAUCGAGAAAGCCCCUGGCAGCGGAGACGAUAUCAGUGAGCAUAGACUGAAACGCAAAAGGCCAUCCUUUGAUUCUGAUACCGAGCCCGGCUCCGCGAUAAGCAUUGAAUCCAGCGCCUGGGAGACCCCUUCGAGUGUUGAGUCAUGGCAGGCGACCGGAAGUAGUCGCAGAUACAGGCUCAUGCUCACCUAUAUGGACAUGACUGUGUUGACGUACGAGAUUUGGCGUGGGGUGGAAAGACAAGAUAUUCAGCAGGCCGAGGUUUCAGCCCUGGAUCUUGUAGAUUGA